UGUCAGUCAUUUGCACUGGCGCACACAAGCAAACUCAUGGUUAAACCGAGUCAACGCAAGCACUAAAACUUGAACUAGAGCUUAAGCAACGGAUGAAUCUUGGACUACUGAACAGUAAAGAUGAGCAGUAGAAGGAAGAAGUGCAAACGCCAGAUCCUGAAAUUCGGCCAGAACGUCGUCAAGUUCAUCACUGGAACUCUUGCCGCAGACAGUGCUGAUGAAGAACAGGAGCAGGCGGCCCAGAGGCACAGGUCUGAAACUAUAGAUCAGCUGCUGGCUGAGACACACUUCACCAAGAAGGAGCUGCAGAUCCUCUACAGAGGCUUCAAAAAUGAAUGCCCAACUGGUCUUGUUAAUGAAGAAACCUUCAAAAACAUUUAUGCAAACUUUUUUCCACAUGGAGAUUCAUCAAAUUAUGCACGUUUUCUCUUCAAAGCAUUUGACAGACACCAAACUGGCUCUGUCACUUUUGAGGACUUCAGUUUAGGUCUCUCCGCAUUGCUGCGAGGACCGGUUGAAGAAAAACUGACGUGGGUGUUCAACUUAUAUGACAUUAAUAAAGAUGGAAACAUAACAAAAGAGGAAAUGCUGGACAUUAUGAAAGCGAUUUAUGACAUGAUGGGAAACUCAAUACAGCCGAGAAUGUCAGAGGACGUACCAAGGCAGCACACAGACCUUUUCUUUCAGAAAAUGGAUAAAAACCAAGAUGGUGUGAUCACCAUUGAUGAAUUUAUUGAAUGUUGCCAAAAGGAAGAAAACAUAGUGAAAUCUAUGUACAUCUUUGAAAACGCCAUCUGAGACAAACCCGUUCAAAAACCUACAUAAGCCACUCAGUGCCUGUCAUCUCUACUUCAUCCCAGCCCUCGUGGCUCCUCUCUCAUUGGAAAGCUUUUCAUUUACAAAAAAAAGUGAACAGCAGGGUAGAUUGUGUCAUGUCAUGAAUUCUCAGAUUAUAAGGCUAUACACAGAACUAAAAUAAAAUAUACACGUUAUGUUGAAGUACGUACAAUAAAAAAUAGGUAAAAUAUAGUCCUAGAGAAGUGUAAGAAUGCUUUGACUUUGUAUUGCCUCAAAGCGGGGAAGAUAAAUGUUGGAUUUGAUUUUGUAAUGUAUUUUUGAUUUUGAGUGAUCAGAAAUCAGUCAAAUUAAGCAUUGUAAUAAGGUUAGAUUGGGUGUUAACAUUAUCCCUUUUAACGAAAUGGCGCUCCCUUUUGGCAAGAACAAUAUACUUGUAUUUGAAUGACACGGGAUAUCACAAAAGUCUGACGUUCCAAUGACAUAUCACAGCAUACCUCUGACUAGCCCAAUUUACUGUACCAUUUCCAGGUGUUUUAUGUAGAGGUUUUGUUAUGGGCUGGAAUGAUUUAUGGGCUUUUUGUUAUGGGCUGGAUUUACCAUACCCUUGCACAGUGGUUCUCAGCUACCUUUUUUGAAGAAAUGUCCCUCUGACCUCAUCAUAAGCAUGCCAACAACCCCACCCAACAACAAUUGGUUGAAUUUUUUUAAAAUAUUACAGUAUAAUACUAAUUAAAUUGUAAUAUUUUUCUUCAUGCUAUUGUUAAUCAUGCUGUAUGAUUAUUAUGCAGCUUUUUAGAAUGAUGUGAGGGCUUCCAUUCACUUUGACUGGGCCCUCCAAACAAUGACCCCCAAGGACUCUCUAACGUCCCCUAGGGGGCUCUAUAGAGCCCCUGUUGAGAAACUCUACCCUAGCACCAGAAGUGAUAAUUGAGCGUUAGCUCAUGGAUAGAUACAGUAAGAACAGGUUAAUUUAGUAGUUAAUUCAACAGUGCAGGCCAAGGUGCCUAAAACACAAAGGUAAAGUGUUACAUUGUGUUAUUCAGUAUAGGUGUUCCACCUUUCAUAAAAGCCAGGGAAAGAAAUAGUGCUAUGACUUGUGUGUAAAAAAUUGUAUGCACUUCCUCAGUGCUACAGAUACAGUAGUCUCAUGUAGGUAGGGUGAGAUUUGUUUAAAAACCAGAAGGGGGAUAUAUUUCAGAUAUUAAACAAUAUCAAUUCAAUGAAAUUAUAACCACAAUUAAUCAUGUGGAAGAAGUGGAGAUACCCCAUUUACCCCAUUUAGUAGACAGUUGCUGUGAUAUUAUUCUAGCCUCAGGAGGCAUGGAGCAUGGGUCAAAAUGUACCUCGGGUAACUUGUCCACGGGUGAGACAUCCCUCUGUAAUGUAAAGUGUAAUGUAGUGUAAAUAUGUGUUACCUUGAGUUUCAGGGAUAGCUUCGAACCCCUAGUUUACAGGUAUGAACAUGGGUGUAACGAGUAACUGAUUGAUAUUUAAGAGUAUUAUUUUGCUGCAUAUACAGUAAUUCAGGGUGGAUCCCAGAUCUGUAUAUCAAAUGCUUACGCUUCACUGUGAUUCCUGAUAGAGCCUGCAGCACCACCUGCAGGCCAAAAAAGUGAAAGCAAUAGCUGACCAAUAAAUAAGAGUGGAUGUUAUAAAGCUGCACUGUGUAGGGUGGUGGCCACUGGCCAGAGUAGGUAUUGCCCCUACGCUGCUCAUUUUAAACUAGGCCUAUGCAUCCUAUUGGCAAAUUUGAUCUUCUCAUGAAUAAUUACUAAAUAAUAAACUAAUAUUUACUAGUAUGAUAAAAGUAGGCCUACAUUAAGUUUUGCAGCCAAAAUGGAGAAUGGACAAUGGUCAAGAUCCCCCUUUUUAUGUACGAAAAGUGCAAUUUUCCCAGUCAUAAUGAGUAAUUAAAAUUUGGUGAUGGUAGUAAGUAUUCAUGAAAAGGGUAAUUUUUGAGAAUUCUGGAAAUAAACUACUAAAAAUACUACAGUGCACCUUUAAGCGGACUGAAAUUUUACCAGAGCUGUAGGCUCCCCAUUCACGUUAAACCAUUAUAUGGGCUGAUUUUGCAUAAAAUAUAUGCUUAGGAGGAGGCAAACUGAAAUAGUGCUGUUCUACAACAAAACAAACAUUAGGGUACACACUUUGUUGUGGAUACACUUCUCACUGAUGUGCCAUUGACUGCUGUACAGGAGUUAAGGUACAUAUUUCAAAUACAAAAGUACAAACAAUGAUUUGUGAACAGUUUCAGUCUCCAUCGCACGUGUAAGUUAUUGUGUUUAAAGUCCAUAAUUUCUGUGUUCUGAAUAUAUUCGACAUCGUCUUGCAUAGUGUUAUCAGAGCAAGAUUGGACGUACCCUGUCUUCGGUCUUUAUCACCGCUGUCCACAAAUGCACAAUUACAUAGUGGCUGCAACCAGGUAUUCUUAUAUUGUUUUUGCG